AUGUAUUUUGUACGUCUUGUAAUCGCAUGCGCCAUGCUUCUUCUAGGGACUAAAGCAUCUAAGCCCCUUACAUUUAAUUUGCCAAGCAGUGACUCUGCAUCCCGAGAAAGGAUGUCAGCACUAAUCACCACACACAUCAAGUCUCUCUUUGAAAACAGGAAGGAAAUACCAUACAUAAGCUCUGGGUAUGCAGGAGUGAAGUUCUACUACAACCAGCCAAAACAUACUACAAUAAUGCAGUAUGGCGAUGCCCAGAUCCACUACAAUGUAUACGUCAGGAACAAUUCAAGCAAAACAUACUCUCAUACUUUCUCCAUAAUAAACAGAUCUAGCGACACAAGUGUAGCUGCAGAGGUGAUUAUAAAGCUUUUCCAAAACAAAAUGAGCUUCUCUGCAAAGCAAAAAGGAGAAAUGACAAACAUCUCCUACGAUCUAAUCAACAAGCUCGAGCAGGCGAUAAUUGACCUUUCAAAGACAACUGCUGAGUUAGAUGAGUAUCAGUAUAAAAGAUUAGUUCAAUAUGUAAAAUAA